AUGACCACAGGAAACUAUAAAAUCAUUCAUUUUAUUAAUCUUACAAUGUUCGAAGAAGUCAUUAGUAAAAUUAAUACGGACAUCAACCAUUAUAUUCCUAAAAACAGCCUUUUCCUACCGCAAAUAGAACUACAAAAAACAAAAAUAGGAAACCUAUUAGAGCAACUCCAAGAUAAGACCCACAACAGAGAAAAACGGGCAAUCAACUGGAUAGGUUCCGCUUGGAAGUGGCUAGCAGGUAAUCCCGAUGCGACGGAUUGGGACAAAAUCGUCUUCGAAAACAACAAGCUCUCCACCAACAACAACAGACAAUAUCAUAUUAACAAGUAUUUAACCAAAGUAACAGACACAUUAAUUGACAAAUACAACAAAAUAAUCGACAAAAUUAAUACUAAUAUCACAGAAAAAUAUGAACAGAUUAUUUUUAACAAGCUUAGCCUUUUAAAAGAGGAAAUAGGAGAAAUAGUUCUGGCAGGGCAACUUGCAAAAAGAGGAAUUGUUAACUCUAAUUUACUGAGCAAAAUCGAAAUUUCCGAUAUCCUUUCUAAAAUGGAAUCGCUUCCAUUUAAAAACGAGCUUCAAGCCAUUGAGUACGCUGAACCAAUGAUGCUUGUAAAAAAAUCUGUUCUUCUCUACGUCAUUUGUUUACCCCAAACUGAAGAUACGACAUUUAAUAAUAUUAUUGUUAAACCCACAGUAAAGAAUAAUAAGAGAAUUCAUUUAAGUUUUUCGAAUUUAUUUAUUUCAGAACAUCUCCAGUUUGGUAUAAUAGGGAAAUGUUUAGAAAUCGAGGAAACUAUCCUUUGUAAAAGAUCACAACUUCAAAAGCUCAACAAAGACGAUUGUGUACUGAAACUAUUAAAUGGCGAAAAAGUUAAGUGUGACUUUAAUUAUGAAAAUAGGCCAAUAAUAGAACUCAUCAAUGAAAGCACUUUAUUUCUUACAAAUUAUGUCGGUAAUAUAACAUACGGCAGACAUUUCCGUAACCUGAACGGUUCAUUCCUUAUAAAUUUUUUCAAUGAAUCUAUCGAAAUCGAUAACAUAAAGUAUAGCAACUGGGAGAGUAAAACAUAUCAUAUACUACCUCCCUUACUUCAAAAUAACCUCACCGAAGGGGAAAUAAAACUCGACCUACAAUACCUACACAAACUUCAUCUAGACAACGUAGAAAAACUUUCCUUUAUUUCUUCAAACAGUAAACUAUUCCUAACUUCAAACCUAACUAUUCUGCUCAUAGGGGCAACAAUCAACUUAAUUCUGUUCAUCUUUUUGAAAAAACAAUCAAAAAACAAGAAAAAACUCCAACUUUCCUCAUUUGAACCUUUAAAAUUAAACAUCCCAGUAGUUGAUCCAAACUCCCAAAUUAAUUCACUAGAACAAAUUACUCUCAAAAUCUAAUCUACGAGACGCAGAUACUUAAGAAAGGGGGAGUUAACACGACACAUUCCCAUUCCCAUUCCCAUUUACAUUCCUACCCAACUUCCGUUGCUAACAAUGCAGACACCUAAUAUUAUUAUUUGUUAAUUUUGCAAUUUCUUAGAAAUUAAAACAUUUACAUUAAUCAACCUUUUGUCAAUUCAUCAUUUUGUUUAUUUUAUUAUCAAAAAUAUCAUAUUUGUUAUUUGUUAUGAAAAACAUAUUCUUAUAAUAUUUUAUUUGUUAAUUUUGCAAUUUCUUAGAAAUUAAAACAUUUACAUUA